GGGAAAGGGCUUCUUUCUGUGCGAGUUAGGCAUUUAGAAGAAAUGUUUCUAAAAAGAUCACUUCGUCCAUCUCUUGUCCAUCUGCACUUGCUGCACAUACGCUGUAAUUUUGCUAAAUCAUAAGCUUAUUCAUAUGAUUAUAUCCCGCAUCCAUAUAUCAGAUCUCAAAUAGAUUCACCUCUGCCCUCUGCCUUCUUGCCCCUCCUCUCGCUCGCGUGCCCUCACGACGUCACCGUAAAGGCAUCCGCAGGCAAAACACUUCGGCUCCACGGGUUGAAGGUAAAAAGUGGUGGUUUAAGGUUGCCUUGAUGAACAGCACAACCCAUGUGAGGUUGUUCCUUUGCGAGUUAGAGACGGAGGAAGAUAAAUUUUAUUUAGGCGAGGAAGAAAUUGUAAGAGUCGACAUCAUUGGUACUGUGGUGUACAUCAGCCAAAGGGAGCGAGUCAUUACAUUUCAAAUUGAUGAUGGAACAGGCAUAAUUAAUUGUGCAAAAUUCACCAGCCCUGAGUCUGAAGGUGACUGCAAUCGUCAGCAUUCUCAAAGAGAAAAAGGACCUAAUCAUAGCCUCAAGAAUCUACUUCUGAGUUUAGUUCCCCCAGAGAAUCCCUUAAAACUUGGGGAUCUUGUUAAUGUUCGAGGCCGCUUGAAUAUCUUCAGAGACCAGCCUCAGAUUAUUGUGAACAGUUUACGUCAUGUUCAUGAUGUUAAUGAAGAGUGGUUUCGGGUAUUGGAAAUAAAUGCACUAAGGAAGAGUAAAGCAGUUUCCAUGAAUAAUGCUAAAGAAUCUGAUAUUCAUAGUUCUGACAGACUGCACUGUUUCUUUCAGUCAGAGUAA